AUGGUGGACCCACCUGAGGCCCUCCAAGGCCCGACCCGCAGCGAAAGUGAGAAGGCGCCCGCCUGGACGGAGCACUACCCAGGCUUGUCCGGCCCGCACGCAGAGAUGCCACAAGCGCAUGAGGCCUUCUGCUGUGCCACAGGGCCACGCAUGGAUGCUGACGAGAUGCUAGAGAAGCUCUGGUGGUGCUGGUGGUGCUGCUGCGUGGGCGCCGGUUGUCGACACUUCCGAGCCGCACCAGGCGUCACCUUCAACUGCCUCUGUUUCAACACGUACCUGAACUCGACGCCCUGCCGCGAAAAGGAGACCCGAUUCUGCUGCGGUACGGUGGAUGAGUGCUGCUGCUGCGUCUGGUUUUGCCGCGGGCCCGCGCAGGAAGGCGACCCUCGCUGCAUUUGCUGCGGUUGGGAUUGUUGCGGUCGUGUCGGUGGUAUGCCCAGGGACGGCAAGGUGAAGAAAUCCAAGUCGCGUCUGAGGACCAUCGACAAGAGCAUCAUUGCACCUUUCAUCCCCUGUUGGUGCUGCUGCGCGGGCCUCCGGCUCCGCCUCCCCUACAGCUGCGUGGACACCUACUGCCGGUGCUGCUGCUUCGAGUACUCGUUCAGCACCGGCUUCCCCGAGAUGGAAUCUGGCCUCUGUCUGCACUUGGUGAACUGCUGGUGCUGCUACUCCCUAGGCAAGUGCCCGCCCACCACCCGCCACAACCCCAUCUGCGCCUGCUGCGGCUGCCGAGCUGCCCGUGACUGGUGGGCCCCAGAGCAGCGCGCUCUGGGGACGCAGUAG